AUGUCAGUCCUUGUCCAAGUAAAACUCCAGAGCGGUCCCCAGAGGGUUCCAGGUCUCCUCGGCAGUCUGAAAGGUCUCCUCAGCAGUCUAGGAGGUCUCCUCAGCAGUCGCAAGUCUCGCCAGCAUUUACCUUCUCCCCCUCCUCCUCGUAACAGACAGCCCGAAUCCUCGGAUGAUGAAGAUGAGUCAGCUUCCCCCACCCUCCCUGCAGGCAAGUCCAAGUCCAAGCCUCAAGUGGGCAAGGGCAAGGGCGACAAAGGGAAAGGCAAGGCCCAGAAUGAGAACCUACCCCCUGGUGCACCAUACAGCUUUAUAGAGGCGCAGGAGGAGGCAAUCGAUCGCUGGGUGGAGAGUAAGAAGCUACUGUAUGACAUGGAGGACAAACAGUACAAAGACGAGGCAUCAAGGAGGCAACUAUGGGAGGGAAAGGCUGCGGAGUACGGGGUGGAUUAUGAUUCAAUUCAGAAAUGGUACAACACACAGAGGACUCGAUUCUCGAAGCUGCGGGAGGGCCAACCCAAAAAGAAAUCCCAGAAGAGGUCCGGUGAUGGUGUGUCGAGUGGUGACGAGGAAGACCCCAUCCUUGCUGAGGAGGCCAGUGAGAAUGACAGUGACCGUGACAAGUUCAUCCGCCGGGUCUUUGGGUUCCUGAAGCCACACAUCAGACGUUACAAGAAGGAUACACCAGCUAGUUUUAAGGACAGUUGGCCCUGGCUGAGACGGGUGAGCUGGCUGGGAGUGACGACAGUAGCAUGGCAGGCAGUCUUGCAAACGAACCCAGGGAGCCCACCAAGAAGUACACUGGCUAUCAAUCCAGAGAAACUUGUAGUCUGCGUCGACCAGGGCCAUGAGGACAAUGGAGAAGAAGCCCUUGUAGUUUCUGUACACAGAGCCAGUAUUCCAAGGACAGGUGACCGCCACAUGCUUGUCACCCAGAGCACCACAGCAGUGUGGAAAUUGCCAUCUCAUCUCAAACUGCUCAGCAAUGGCGGUCGACUCUUCAGUUGUAGUAGGACACUGGAUCACCUCAGCAGCAAACUCGGCUUUACUGGCAUCGCAGACUUCAUUAAUGAUAAGAGAGAUGGUGUUUGGAGCAACUCUGAAGUUGUAGGACAGGCUUGAAUAAUUGUCACCGCAGGCCAGGUGUCGUAGAGUGAUGGACAGCUUGAGACCAGGAGGGAGAGACUUUCUGUACCAUGUGUCCUUCUUCUCUAUUCUGCCUUCUACCCUUCGCAGGACCUCAUCGUAGAGGCCUCUGGGAAGUCUUGUGUAGUUGUAGAAGGCCUUCUCAUCUUCUGUCUUCAGCUCCUUUAGUAGAGUGCUAUAGUGGCCAUAGCAUUCUCUUCUUUUGUCAGACAGCCAUUUCCUGACCCACAUAGACCUCGGUUCCCUCCUUCGCCUCAGUUUGCCCCUGCCCUGGAAAAUAAAAAGCAAAACAAGAUAAGUACAUUGUCGAAUGCUAGAAAGGCAAAUAGCAAGAAAUGACAAAGUGAAAUAAGACUAUUUUUACCUUAAGAGGAGGUGCUGGGCCUGUAAGAGUUGCUCAUCAUGUUCUCUGAGGUGCAUCAAAAGAAGCAAUGCUGUUGCCUUCUUUUUCCUGGUUGUCUCAUCAUCAAAGUAUGCCAUUCUGCAGGAACUGAAUUGUGAUUAAUUGUGAUUGAAGCUUUGGGAGUUACACACGCCUCUGCUCUGUAGAGUUGCUCAGGACUGACUGAGGAAGAUGCUCUGAGGCUGGCCUUUUAUAUGUCCACGUUACCAUGACACAUGUGAAACGCUUGAGCUACUCAAAUUCGGCUGUCUUCGCCGACACCGUGGUCCCAUCUCGAUGUCAUCGUACUAUAAUACGAUGGCUACACGACGGCAUUGCGAGGGCUUCACGUAGUCGUGUUGCCUUCCUAAGACAAUCGGGCAGCUUCUUGUUUCCUUCGUAUUGUCUUCGUGAGGCGAAAAAUGCCCGAUGGCACCGAUGAUCACACGAAGUAAAGACGAAGAUGACACGAUUUGACAAGAUGUCCUCACGAUGGCCUUACGAAGGGCAAAAUGGACACACGAAUUCAACACGAAAAUGAACCUUCGCAAGGUCUUUCGGCAAUUUUUUGGCAUGCCAAAGAUUUUGCCACCGUUCACGAAGUUGCUGCCGGAGCCUGAGAAAUUCAACCGGCGGUCAUACGAUGGCUUAAGAUGCCCUCACGAAUGGCCCGAUGUUUUUACGAUCAGAUCCGAAUUUGAACAUUUCCUUUAUCGUGUGUCCAUCUGG